AUGGACGGGCGGCGAUGCUCCGGACAAGGAGAAGAUGGAGCAGGCAAGUCGAUUUCAGACGAACUCAUGAUGGGAAGAUCCGACGAGAACAAGGCUCCCGAUUCUGAAUCGUCCAAUCCCUCGCGAUCGUCAACGCCGAAGCCGAAGCCGCAGCCGCAGCCCGCUGCCGAUUCACGGCCCAAGAUUAAUAUCACCCCUUCCGCCCCGGCGGCAUCAUCUAGCCAGAAUCCCUUCAACAAGCUAGGGGUUAAGUCAGAGACCCCGAAACCAACAGGUAGACCCCCUGUGAAUCGCAAGAGACCUGCAUCUGAGAUUGACGACGCUGCUUCAGCGGAUCGAGCCUCCCCGAAGCCCUCCAACAUUCAACCCGAGUCCGACGCCGAUUAUGCCGAUCGAGCACUCUCGCAGAUAUUCCGCAUCACUGUAGACCCUCACAACAUGAUUAACCCCCAUGGUCAACGAUUGACGUUCCUUCCGAACCUGAACGAAGAGCUGAACGAGUCUGGAGAGGCACUGAAACUUUCUGUCAACACAUUGGAUCAAGCUCUUAUGGAGGCGGCAAGCAGUUAUCCACAGGAUAAACCCCUGAUGAACUACUUCUUGCCGUGCUGGAAGCGUGCUGUAAAAGCAUUCCUUCAGAUCAAGGCCACUGAGGGACCCAGGUUUGAGGUGCAUGAUGAGGCGAAGCGUUUGUGUAUGAGCGGCUGUCUUUUCGCUCUGACUAUGCCAGAUCUCUAUGGCCGACAACACAACCCCAAGCAUGACACCCUCAUGCCAUAUCUCCUGAAAGGUGUGCAGGAUGAAGGUGGUCUUUGCUUCAGCUUCAUUCAGGAGGCUAUCAAACGAUUUGACGACGACGAGGCUUUCCCUGCCCUUUUUAAUGAUGCUAUGGUCCAAAUCAGCAGCAGACUGGGUAAUAUGACUAUGGACCAGGAUUACAAGCCAUAUAUCCAGGCUAUGUUAACAUACACGAGGUUCCCACCUCUAAUCGUCAAUCUGGCGAAGCACCCGUGCUUCAACAUGGCGCAGUCUCCUGCUGGCAUUGAGAAGCACACACUCCUCGGACCCUUCUUCCGCAUUUCGCCACUUCAGGGCGAGGUUAUCAUGAGUUACUUCCCUGGAGCUCGUACUCUUGACAAGAGUAGGAUAGUAACCGCCCAAGACGCCCUUCGAAUGGUCUUGAGAACACACCAAGACGACCUUUUUGCAAUCACAAACGCAUUUAUCCGGGCCGGCCAGGAUACAAGGUCACGAACAUUGGAUUGGUUUGCCUACAUUAUGAACACGAACCACAAGAGGAGGGCUAUUCAGGUGGAUCCGCGGGAAGUUGCUUCUAAUGGAUUUAUGAUCAACGUGACCACGAUUCUCGACCGAUUUUGCGAACCUUUCAUGGAUAUGGACUUUAGCAAGGUCAACAAGAUCGAUGACAACUACUUCAGGAAGCAACCACGAAUAGACAUCACGGAUGAGACAAAGCUGAACGCCGACCAAUCCUAUUCAGAGUCGUUCUACGCCAACAAAAUACCUGGCGAAACCAACUUCAUUUCUGAAGCUUUCUUCUUGACUUUGGCAGCCCAUCACUAUGGAAGCGAAGCUUGCAACUCCCAGCUGAAAAACUUGGACAGGGACAUUAAAUAUUUGGAGAAGCGAGUUCAGGCAAUGGAGGCGGAGCGUGCAAAAUUUCUUAAUCAUCCCGUUCAGCUUGAACAAUACGACAGGGCGGUCAAGAGACACGUCGAUGCCCUUGAAAAGAGUAUCGGGCUCAAGUUAUCUAUUGAGGGUGUGUUGCUCGAUGAGCGAAUGCAGAGCACAUCGUUGCGCUUUAUGCGAAUUGUCGCUGUUUGGCUGCUUCGUUUGGUGACUCGAUCAGAGUACAAGCCCGGCCAAGAGUCGAAGGAGAUACAAUUGCCUCUCCCCACAGAGAAGUCUGACGUCUUCUCGUGUCUUCCCGAGUAUACACUACAGAACAUCGUUGAUAACUUCAAGUUUAUCUUCAGAUGGUUACCUAAAAUCCUUCCCAGUGCCGUUGGCGAUGAAAUGAUUGCGCUUUGUGUGACAUUCCUUCGCUCAACGGAGUAUAUCAAGAAUCCCUAUCUCAAGUCCUCACUGGUCUCGCUGCUUUUCUCGGCUACCUGGCCGUUGAUGCACCUUAAGCGUGGAGUCUUGGGCGACCAGCUUGUUGGCAGUCAGUUUGCCAAUGACCACCUUCUGAAGGGCUUGAUGAAAUUCUACAUCGAGUGUGAGUCCACAGGUGCGGACUCUGCGUUUUAUGACAAAUUCAACAUUCGAUAUGAGAUCUUUCAGGUCAUUAAAUGCGUCUGGGUCAACGACCAUUACAAGCGACAGCUAACCAAAGAGAGCCGAGUCAACAAGCAAUUCUUUGUGCAGUUUGUCAAUAUGUUGCUGAAUGACGCCACAUAUGUCUUGGACGAGGCUCUUUCCAAGUUCCCCAAGAUCAGAAACAUCGAAAGAGAACUCGAAGACCAGUCGUUAUCCACCGAGGACCGCCAAAAGAAGGACGAAGAGCUGCAACAAUUGGCCAAUCAGGCCACCUCUUUUAUGCAACUGGCUAAUGAGACACUUGAAAUGAUGAAGCUAUUCACUGAGGCCAUGGGCGAAGCUUUCACCAUGCCUGAAAUUGUGUCUCGUCUUGCGAGCAUGCUUAACUACAACUUGGAGACACUCGCAGGCAAGAAGGCGGCAGCUGAGCUCAGCGUCAGCAACAGAGACAAGUACCACUUCCGCCCUAUUCAGAUCAUCUCUGAUAUUGUCGACAUCUACCUCAACCUCGGCACUUCUUCCGUCUUUGUUGACGCCGUUGCUGCAGACGGUCGUUCAUACAAGCCUGAGGUGCUCGAGCGCGUCUCACGCAUCCUUACAUCUAAGCACCAGAAGGACCCAGCUAUCAUUGCUCGUUGGGAUCAGUUGAGGACUAAGUUUGUGGAGGCCAAGACAAUUCUUGACCAGGCAGAAUUAGACCUUGGCGAUAUCCCAGCCGAGUUUGAGGACCCUAUUAUGGGCGAUCUCAUGAAGGACCCUGUACUGUUGCCCAGCAAGCACAUUGUUGACCGAUCCACUAUCGUUCAGCAUCUACUAAGCGAUCCUAAGGACCCCUUUACCAGACAGGCUAUGACUAUCGACGAUGCUAUUCCACAAACAGAGCUCAAGGAGAAAAUUGAGCAGUGGCGAGAGGAGCGGGUACAAGCCGCAAAGGACAAGCUUAAGAGCGAAGCUAUGGACACCACGGAAGGUUAA